GGUACCCGUGCCUGGCCCCAGCAGCAGGCUCUUGCAACCUGGCCUGACCACAGAAGCCACCACCCGCCCCGCCCACUGAUGAGCCUACCGUCCCGUUGAGGCCCGGCGUGGCCUGCUGAGGUACGUACCUUUGUGCUUCACCUCGUAAAGCCUACCGUAUCCCCGGGUCCCUCCUGGGCUGGGGACAGGCGGUGAUCCGGCCGAUUUGUCUCGGUCGAUCACAUGUCCGGCAGCUGGAACCCCCCGUCCUCCGUCUUCCACUGAAGAGCCCGGCCCACCCAGCGGCCGUCAUUGGCCUGGGGUGUCGCAUACCUGACACUGCUGGCGUUGCUGUUGAGAUGCGCUUGCACUGUGGUGGUUGAGCUGGUUGAAAGGCCAUCUCACCUUAUGUCAUCCAUCGCCAUGGCUUCGGCCCGCUCUCGUUGAGACGUCUCGAUUGUGACUCUUCCGUCGCGUGCCUCCCCAAAGGCCACUGUCCAAUACCGGAAUUGUAUCGAUUCCUCAAGCCCUGCCCGACAGCGACGAAAUCCCCCAGGUGCCCAUCCGCGGCCCCCCGUCUCUCCGUGGUCGAGUCCUCGGGGCGCCUCCUGGCUGCCCGCCGCUGCGGCGACUCCGAUGUCUUCCCUUGUCUCCGAGUUCAUCAUCAACCCCGUCCUGCGCCAGGCUCGCCGAUUCUCCGAGAUAUCCCGCUCGACGCUCGCCGGCGACGAGGACCACCACAAUGCCGUUGCUCCCCUGGACGCGGUGAGCGAUUCUGGCGACCCCGACGAGGCCGCGAUCGGGGUGCCCCUGCCCCCCGCCCCCGAGACACCCCGCUCCAGGCCUCUCAGCACGUCGACGGAAGAGACGCGAGUCGACGAUGUCGCAGCCAGCCCGCCGCCUCGCGAGAGUAUCCCCCGAGACCAUUUGGGCUUUCCAGUGACCCCUAAGAAAGGUCACGGCAUCCCCGAAGACGAUGGGAUGCACGAGCUGAGGGCUCGCAUCCACGCGAUCAACGCGCAGAACAUCCCGUCUGUCGACAAGGCGAGGCAGAUCCAUGACAUGCUGCUCGAAGGAUAUAGGGCUUCCCAGAACGGCCUCCGUGGAGUAGCGGUCCUCCCGGGUUCUCCGGACAAGGAAGCGGCUUUGCAUGCGUACGAGCCAACCGUAUCAUCAGGGCCUCUGGAAUCUCUCAAGUUCUGGAACGGUCAGCUCGGCGACGCGCCGCCUGAGAAAUUCAACUUGACGGAGAGCGACAUUGCGCCGACGUUUGCGCCCAUUCGGCAGCCCAAGACGCCCGAUAGCCAGAGCCCUACGACAGCGCCGUCGUCUCCCACGGACCUCAGUCCUCCUCUCGGGUGUCAGCACUACGAACGCAAUGUCAAGUUGCAGUGCUCUACGUGUAGCAAGUGGUACACAUGCCGCUUCUGCCACGACGCCCAGGAGAGCCACAAUCUGAUUCGCAAGGAGACGAAGCACAUGCUGUGCAUGCUGUGCAGCACGCCGCAAAAGGCGUCCGACGUGUGCAUCAACUGUGGCGAGAUCGCUGCACACUACUACUGCAACAUCUGCAAGCUGUGGGAGAAUCGCAAGUCGAAACCCAUAUACCACUGCAACGACUGUGGGAUCUGCCGGCGGGGGCUGGGCCUCGGCAAGGACUUCUUCCACUGCAAGACCUGCCGCGCUUGCAUCACCACGUCUAUCCAGAGCUCACACAAGUGUAUCGAGCGGUCGACCGACUGCGAUUGUCCUAUUUGCGGCGAGUACAUGUUCACCUCGCCCAAGCCCGUCGUCUUCAUGCCGUGCGGACACAGCAUCCACAAGAAGUGCUACGAACAGCACAUGAGGAGGUCGUACAAGUGCCCGAUCUGUAACAAGAGCCUCGCAAACAUGGAGACGCAGUUCCGCAACCUUGAUGUCGCAAUUCAAAGCCAGCCCAUGCCGCCAGAGUUUCGAGACACCAAGGCCACAGUUUUGUGCAACGACUGUUCGGGAAAGUCGACGGUUCCGUAUCACUGGCUGGGGCUCAAAUGCUCCAUCUGUCGCUCGUACAACACCGUGGAGCUUCAGAUGCACGGCGAAGGAAGUCAGGCCGGGGAGGCAUCGGGGUCGGCAGCGCAGGUGUCCGCCCAGACAGAUCAGGCUCAGGUUCGGGCCGAGACGGAGUCGACGGGUCCUCGUGCCGGCGCCCUAAUACCAAACAGGCGGCGUCACUCGUCCCACGGCGUCGAACUGUCCUAUCGCGUGCCCGACAGGGUCGCACGCUCUCUGUCGCCUCUGCCAUCGGGUCUGGAAGCCUAUCAACACAACGCUGCCGCCGACGUCGACUCGGAGGACGACAUUUUUGGGUUCUGGAGGGGCAAUGGAGCAGACAACGGGUCUAGCGAUUCGGGCGAAUCGGAGUCUGAGUCGGAGCCGGAGAGCGAUGGGCCGCCAGACGUUGAUGAGGAGGAGGAUGACGAAGAUGAGAUUCUGCUCAUUGGACACAGAUGAACCGUCUGUGUCGACGGCUUGCACAUGACGUUGAGAGAAACCACUGAUGAAACAUUUAUGAGAUGUGGCUCUCGCAGGGCGUUACUUGGAUGCCUGGGUUUGCAUGGGCAAGGUGCAUUUCUGGUUACAGGGGCGUUGAUUUGGAGCAUUUGAGUUCUUCAAGGGCCGGGGCAAGCGGUUGAGAAUGAAACAUUGGUGCAUACCGAGGCUUUUUGGUCCAUAGCGUCAUAUAUAGAAGUGGCAUUUU